AUGGUGGCAGAGGUCACACAGCAUUGCUGUGAUGAUUUUUGCAAAAUUCAACGGCCACCAACUUCGGCUGUUUUAUGCAUCUUAUGCAUCCAACUUUCUGAGCGAAACAAAAAGUACAAAUAUGGAGUAACCGAGGGAACAUUGUUGCACUCCUGCGGAGAUUGGCAUUACAAUUGCGUGACUACCCAACCACUUCGCAUUGAAUUAACUGCCAAGACUGCGUGUCCGGCCUUGUUCAACUUUGGAGAAUGUUUUACGGCCAGGAUAUUCGGCCUGGAGGGAGGCUUGUUGUGUCGUUGUCGCCCGGGCACCAGUGAUGAUGUUGUCGUCCUCAUUCUGAUCAUUUCGGUCGGUCGGUGCUUUCCACUUGGCCUCGGCCUGCCCGGCCCAACAAGCAGGUUUUCUCCAAACCCAAUGAGCACAACCUCGAGACGGCCUGUAUCUCUUUGUCCGCCUCGUUUAUUCACCUCGCGCCAAAUCUGGAUCCACGCCCGGUUACUCUGUCUGCCCACCACUUCACUUCCUACCCAGCCGACCUCUGCGUCUGACCGUCAAACCCGUUUUCCAUUCGCCAGUCCGCACCAAUUCGUCCUAUUGUCAUUGCCGCCACAGCCUCGAGCCCAGGCUCGAUCUCCGCCUCGUUCACCAAAGCACCCAGCACUGCUGCCGGCAAUCUCGUGCCGUCCUGUCUUUCCCUCCCCUCCCAGCCUCGACGGUACCCAGAGCCCACGCAUUUGCAUGCUCCUAUGUCUGCCCAGCACUGUAGGUGCCGGCCCCACUUGGACAGGUCACCUCAGGCACACCGACAAUCUGCUAAUUCCUUCACAGGCUUACUUACGUAUCUGGUUCAUCUCUCCUCCCUUUUUAGAAGAUCUCCGCUUCUUCAGAACUACUCUCCUCAUCAUCACUCGCAGCGCUGACAGUUUUAUCCGGACUCCUAUUAUCCCCCAAGUUGUCGGGCUCUCUUUCGUCUCGCGAGGAUAA